AUGGGUGGAGAAGAUGAGGAACAAGAGUACCACUCAUCAUCACUAGUAGCACCCUUAACACAACCAAAAAACUUUUCUUCAUCUGAUCAUGAUGAUGAUUUUGAUGAUGAUGGAUCCAAUCACCACCAAAUAAGAACAGGGAGCACAUGGAGUGGUGCAGCACAUAUAAUAACAGGAGUGAUAGGAGCAGGAGUGUUAUCAAUUGCAUGGAGUAUAGGUCAGUUGGGGUGGAUUGCAGGUCCAUUGGCUAUCAUAGCAUUUGCAGCCAUUACCUUUGUUUCGACUUUUCUUCUUUCUGACUGCUAUAGAUACCAGCAUCGUCGCUGCCCUUCUUAUAAUCAUGCUGUCAGAUUCUAUUUAGGGGAGAAAUGGGAACAUGUGAGUGGAGUGUUUGUGAUGUUGAGCUUAUCUGGAACUGCGAUUGCCUAUAUUAUCACAUCAGCCAGCAGUGUCAGAGCAAUUAUGAAAUCAAAUUGUUAUCAUAAAGAAGGGCAUGAGGCUGAAUGUUCUUAUGGAGAUAUUGUGUACAUGUUGCUAUUUGGAGUGGUGCAAAUUUUUAUGUCACAGAUUCCAGAUUACCAUAACAUGGCUUGGCUUUCUAUCAUUGCUGCUAUCAUGUCCUUUUCCUAUUCUUUCAUUGGAUUUGGCCUAGGCUUUGCCAAAGUCAUAGAAAAUGGAACAAUUAAAGGGAGCAUAACAGGAAUUCCAGCUUCAAACAUAGCCAACAAACUAUGGCUAGCCUUCCAAGCACUCGGAGACAUCGCUUUCGCCUAUCCAUACGCGGUUAUCCUUCUUCCGAUUCAGGACACCUUGAAGUCUCCUCCAGCAGAGAACAAAACCAUGAAGAAGGCUUCAAUGGUUGCAAUCUUUGUGACAACAUUUUUCUACCUCUGCUGUGGUUGCUUUGGCUAUGCAGCCUUUGGUAAUGACACACCGGGGAACCUCCUAACCGGGUUCGGAUUCUAUGAGCCUUUUUGGCUCAUAGACUUUGCCAAUGCCUGCAUUGUUCUGCACUUGGUGGGAGGAUAUCAGAUAUACAGUCAGCCUAUAUUUUCAGUAGUUGAAAAAUGGUUCAUUGGGAAAUUUCCAGAGAGUGGUUUUGUGAAUAACUUUCACAAAGUCAAACUCCCAUUUCUUCCUCUACUUCAACUCAAUUCUUUCAGACUGUGCUUCAGAACAGCUUAUGUGAUGUCCACAACUGGAGUUGCUAUGUUGUUCCCUUACUUCAACCAAGUUUUGGGAGUGUUGGGAGCCUUAGGUUUUUGGCCUCUAGCAAUAUAUUUUCCUGUGGAGAUGUAUUUUAUACAAAAGAAAAUAGUGGCUUGGUCUAGACAAUGGAUUGUUCUUAGAACUUUUAGCUUCUUUUGCUUUCUUGUCACUGUUGUUGGCCUCAUUGGAUCCCUCCAAGGCCUUAUUAGUGCCAAAUUAAGCUAAGAAAUAAUGGAUUAUUCUUAUUUAUUAUGAUGUCAUAAUGCCAUUCUUCUUUGAUUGAAAAUUAAUAAAUCAAAGUAUAGUUCUAUAAUGUA